AUGAAUAUGAAAAUAUUAGUACACCAUCAAUUCUUUUGGGUUAUUGUGUUUGUCAGUUACUCACUGGGUGCACCGGAAAUCAUUGAAUCGCAAAGUAGAGAUCAAAAUCAUGGCUUAGAGCACAGCAGCGACCAAGGACUUGAGAAACAGGAAGGAUAUGGAGACGGAAAUGUAAAAGAUGAUCCAUCUGCAACAAAAAAUCUAAUAGAAGAAUUCCGCAAAUAUGGCGGUUCCAGACGUGGAGGGACCAGUAACGGUGGUGGAAGGCCAGGUAGUCGAGAAAUGUGUGUUGGAAUGUGUACAAUAGCUUGUGCUUCGGGAUCGGAAACUAUGGAUUGUUUAACGUGUAUGAGUAGAUGUUAAAUUAAAAUAAUGUAAUUUGAUAAAGUUAAAUUGUGAAAUUUAUGUAGAUUUAGUAUUUUAAAUACAAUUUUUGUGAAUUUAUUUGUGUACUAAUAAUACAGUUCUGUAGUCAAUUAAUUU